AUGUAAUAAUCAGACAUUUGCAAAGUUGGAUAAAAUUUUUAAUGGAAUUAAACAAAUGUUUUAGGAGAAGGAAGAAUAAGUGUGAUAUAUAAAGGAUAAAACACUAAAGACAAUACUAUUGUUGCUAUUAAGAAAUUUGGAUCACCAUUAAUUCAUGAUAAAAAUUUUUAUCUAAGAGAACUUCUUAAAUAAGAAGAAUUACUUUUAAGGAUGAUGCAACCAGAAAAUUUUAUUAAAUUUAUUGCUCUUGAAGAAACAUAAAACUCAGUCUAUUGGAUUACAGAAUUUGCAGAAAUGAAUUUAAGAUAGUAUUAUUAUUCUUAUCUUUAGAGAAAUGAAUCUUGCAGAUAAUUGUAGACUUUCAUUAGAUUAAGUGAAAAUUCUUUGUAAAAAUUUAUUGGAUGGCUACCUAUUUAUUAUUAAUUAGAAUGUAUUACAUCAAGAUAUUAAACCAGAAGGAAUUUUAAAGAAGAACAAUUAAUAUUAUUAUUCAGGUAAUUUAUAGUUAUAUAUCUUAUAGAUAUGGGCAAUGGUUAUAUGAUUAGCAGAUUCUUAGGUUAAAAUGAUUAAACAAAUUACUAAUCACCUCAGAAAACACUCAAUCAAAUUUAUACUAGUAAAUGUGAUGUAUGGUCUAUUGGAAUUAUAUUGUAUGAGUGUCUAGUUGGUUCGGGUAAAAUAUAAGUUUACUUUAAGUUCCAAUGAUUUUCAAUAAUGAAACCUAAAUUUCACCUGAAUUCACUAAAACUUAUUCAUAAGAUCCUAUCUAUGAUUUUAUCGUUCAAUGCAUUAAAUAUUCUGAAAGUGAAAGAUUAAGUUGGGAGCAAGUUUAUUAACAUCCUUUUGUCAACAUUUAAUUGGGAAUUAAAGUAGAUGUCAAAAUAGAAUAAACUUAUACAUAAUUUAAGGAAUAAUUCUUAUAAACAUGUAAUUAAGUAGAUCUUUAUUUGUUGAUUGGAAUGAGUUCAUAAAGUGAUAAUACCGAAAAAUUGACAAAAAAUGAGUACUUUUAUUUUAAUCCUAUAUAGAUUUAUUUCAAGCGCAAAAUAAAUUGCAAAAAAUUCCUCUUCUAAAGAAAUUACUUCCCUAUUCUAUGAAAUUGCAGGAUUUAAAGCUACUCAUAUUUCCAAAAAAGAAAUUCAAAAUUGGUUAAAUAGAGUCAAAAAUAGGCUAAAAGGAGAUAGAGGCUAUCAUUAUCCAUUAAUGAAUUUAGAAUAAACAGAAUAAGAUAAUUAAAUUAAAAAUUUGCCUAUUCUAAGAUGGACUACAAGUUUAGAUAAAAAAAAAAUAAAGAAUAAAUCUCUGCUUUCUCCAGAAGUUGUUGAAAUAUUAUUGAGCAUAAAAGCUUCUAUGAAUAAAUUUGGAACAAAAAUAGAUGAACUUUAUUAGAAAUACGAUCCAAAAUCUACAGGAGGAUUAAAUAAAACACAAUUAGAUAAAUUAAUUAUGUAUCAAAACAAAAUUUAUUGUUAGGAAAAUAUAUCCAGAAGGUAAAAAUGAUGUAGUGCUUAGUCAUGUAUUUCAAUUUUUGAAUUAAUUUUAAAACGGUAAAAUAUCUAAAGAAGAAUUUCAAUUUUGUAUUUUUGAAAUUGAUAUUCAACAACUUCAUCAGAUUAAAAAUUGA